UAAAAGCAUUUGACACAAACGAAAAAUUCAGUCAACUAAUUUUGAUCAGAGAAUCGUAAAUUAUUCAAACGUCUGAAUUACAUCGAAACGGUUGUAAAAUGAAGAAUUGUUUAUACUUAUUUGUGUUCGUUGCUUUGGCGGCGAUUGGUUCGGCACGUUAUUUGCCAAAGAAAGAGCACGUCAAGCAAACACCACAGGAAUGGACUGAAAUAGCAAAAAAACUGGGCUGGAAUGAUAAUCAAACUUCGGCUGCUAUUGAUUUAAUGCAAUUCAUUCAGUACAGUGAAGUCGCAUCAGCCGAAAUGGACACCAACACCGAAUGGAAACAAUCGAUGCUGGACAAAUGCCUGAAAUUGGCCAAUUUCGAUAAAGUCAAUGAGCUCAAUGAUCGCGUCGGUGACAAGAAAUGGAAAGAUGUGAAAGACACCGACUUUACAACAAAAUGGGAAUUCUGGAAUGACAAAUACAUAACAUGGAGCUGUGAACAUGGAAAAAUGAUGGCUUUGAAAAACAUAUGUAUUGUUGUCACUGAAGAUCUAAAGAAAAAAAAAUAUACAGAAUUGGCCAAAUCUGCCGGUUAUAAAGAGACGCAAUGGAAACCAAUUGCCGACAUGGUAUGGGAGAUGGCAAGCAGCAACUCGACAGGAUUAAAGAAAUCAAUUUUGGCCGACCAUUGUGAAAUGAUAAACGACGAUGGUGUAAUGUUUGAAGUCAAUGAAAAACACACAAAUGGAGAAAAAUGGUCAGAUCAAGCAGACAAAAAUAUUACCAUGAAAAUGGACUUCUGGUGGAAUGUGAUGGUAAAGGCACAAUGCAGAGUUGCAAAAAUGAAGGCAAUGAAAAAUCUUUGUGUGGAAUUCAUGUGUCCUGUAGAACGUAAGGAGAUCGAAGGCUUCGCCAAAGAGGCUGGAAUACAUGAUGAAGAUAUCAAAGCAGCGGUUGAUCUGGAAAUGAGAAUGCGCUUAGUUAGAACACAAGACGAAGCAAGAGAUAUAUUUAGAAAGGACCACAAAGAUUUGGGCAAGAAUAAAUAUAUGUUGGAACCAGAAAUGACCAAAGAAGAGCUUGAAGAAGCAACCAACAUUGAAAAAUCAGAGGACUUUAUCAAAAAAAUACGUUUCUGGGCACAUAAAUACCACUUUUCUACAGGCACAAAUCGCAUGAAGUGUUUGAAAAACAUGUGCGUUAUUGUUUCACAAGAAGAAAAGAAAAACGAAUUGAAGACAGAGACGGCAUGAAUUUGCCUCACUAUAAAUUGUUUAGAACCUUUGAUUUAAUCUCUUUCCAUUUUUAAAGUAGAAAAUGAAGUGCAUUGUAAAUUUACCAAUCAUAAAUAAAAGAUAUUUUGUUAUAUAGACUGAUA